AUGCGUUUAUCAACCGCCCUUUUGGCAGCGGCCGUCCAGCCGGCGUUCGCCUGGGGCAACGUCGGCCACCGCACCGUUGGCUACCUUGCCGAGAAACACUUGACCGACGAAGCCGCCGCCGUCUUCGGGGAGCUCCUCGCCAAUGACCGCAACUACGACUUUUCCGAUGCCGCGACGUGGGCGGACACGCUCCGGGGCCACAUGGGCUGGGCGAGCAAGUAUCACUACAUCAAUCCCCCCGAUGACCCGCCUCGUGUCUGCGGCAUGAAGUAUCCGCAAGACUGCCCGUCGAGCGGCUGCGUCAUAUCCGCCAUUCAGAACUACACCUCCCAGAUCCUUGACACCUCGCUGCCGCACGUCAACCGCAAGAACGCAACCAUGUUUGUUAUCCACUUCCUCGGCGACAUUCACCAGCCCCUGCACGCCACCGGCAUCCUUCGCGGCGGCAACGACAUCCGCCCCGUCUGCUGGCGUCGCCAACCGCACAACGGCGUCUGUACGGGGCCCAUGAGCCUGCACUCCGUCUGGGACACGCAGAUUCCGCACCGCAUCCGCGGACUGCCGCCGCACGUGCGCCCGUCAGAUGAGAAGGUCGCGGCGGCGGCGUGGGCCGACGAGCUGUACCUCCGGCAGGAGCAGGCCGGGGUGAACGCCACGGCGGGGCACUGCGUCGACCUCGACACGGGGGCGUGCGCGCUGGGGUGGGCGAGCGAGUCCAACGCGUUUGUGUGCUCGCAUGUGCUCAAGCCCGGGCUGGCGUGGCUGAAGGGGAACGACUUGAGCGAGGGGUACUUUGAGGAGAACUGGGAGGUGGUCGAAGAGGUCAUCGGGAAGGCGGGCGUGAGGCUCGGCGCAUGGCUCAACGCCAUCGCGGAGAGGCUGGCCAGCGAGAAGGCGCCCGUGUUUGAGGAUCUCUGA